CUCCGUCCAAUGGGAGGGAGCCGUCCCGAAGCGGAGCCGGCGGCGUCGGGGGGCCGAGCUGAGGGUCCUGGAGGCCGGCAGAGGAUGGCCGCGUCCAGCACUGAGGCCCCUUGCUCCUGUGACUGCCUGGUGUCGGUGCCCCCGGCCUCAGCCAUCCCGGCUGUGAUAUUUGCAAAGAACUCGGACCGACCUCGGGCAGAGGUGCAGGAAGUGGUGUUUGUACCAGCAGGUGCCCACGCCCCCGGAGCCGCCUCCAGUCGUUUUCCUUUUCUCCUCCACCUGCAGUGCACCUACAUUGAGGUGGAACAGGUAUGCAAGACUUACGCUGUGAUUCUGAGCCGACCUUCUUGGCUGUGGGGGGCUGAGAUGGGUGCAAAUGAGCAUGGUGUCUGCAUUGGCAAUGAAGCCGUAUGGACCAAGGAGCCUGUGGCCGAGGGAGAGGCCUUGCUGGGCAUGGACCUACUCAGGUUGGCUUUAGAACGGAGCAGCUCUGCCCAGGAGGCCGUGCAAGUGAUCUCAGACUUACUGGAGCGCUAUGGGCAGGGAGGCAGCUGCCGGGAAGACCCUGAGCCAUUCUGCUACCACAACACCUUCUUGCUGGCUGACCGGAAGGAAGCAUGGGUGAUGGAGACAGCUGGGAGGCUCUGGGCUGCUCAGAGGAUCCAGGAGGGGGCCCGAAACAUCUCCAACCAGCUGAGCAUUGGCACGGACAUCUCAGCUGAACACCCAGAGCUUCGGAGCCAUGCCCAGGCCCAGGGCUGGUGGUCUGGACAGGGCACCUUUGACUUCGCACAGGUCUUCUCCCUGACCCAGCAGCCUGUGCGCAUGGAGGCUGCCAAGGCCCGCUUCCGGGCAGGGUGUGAGCUGUUGCAACAGCGGCAAGGGGCCAUCACAGCAGAGGUGAUGAUGGACAUCCUCAGGAACAAGGAGAGUGGAAUCUGCAUGGACUCUGGAGGCUUCCGCACCACAGCCAGCAUGGUGUCCAUCCUGCCCCAGGAUCCCACGCAGCCCUGUGUCCACUUCCUGACAGCCACACCAGACCCAUCCAGGUCGGUGUUCAAACCUUUCAUGUUUGGGCCGGGGGCAGCUCAGGUCCCCCAGGUCCUGUCUCCCACUUUUGGAGAUCAAGACCCUGUUCGGAUCCUGCCUCGAUAGACUCAGGUGGAUCGCCGACACGUGCUCUACCGUGGACACCAGGCAGCUCUCGGGUUGAUGGAGAGUGGGCAGGAGAGGGGACAGCAGCUCCGGCAGAAGCAGCGGGACCUGGAGCAGGAAGGCCUGGAGGUUGCACAGGGACUACUGACCACUGAGCAGACCCCAGCACCCCAGGAGCUGGGCAGCCUCUUCCAGGCCUUUGUGGAGAGGGAGAGCCAGCUCUAUGCGUAACCAGGCGGUCACAGGCCUGCUGGUGCUAGCUGCCCUGGACUGAAGGAAUCCCUCAGCCAUGUUCUAAGUGGGUGGGAGGGCCUUUGAUGCAAUAAAUGUGUUCUAGUAACUGUUCAGUGAGCUGGAUCCCAGGCCCAAGGUAGGGUAGAACAACAGAGGGCAAAGAGCAGCCCAGAAUGGCCUUGGGGGCCAGGCAGAGAAUUAUUUUUGUGGUACUAGGCACUGAACGCAGGUACAUUUUGCUUGCUAGGUAAGUGCUUGACAACUGGCGCCCUUG